CGAGAACAUCUUGAAGGAAGGAGGUCACCGGCUCAGGGAUCGCAGUCAUGUCGCACCACUGGCGCACUAACACCGAGGAACCCAGGCCUCAUGCACCAUCUCGCUGGUCACAAGGAAGGAAGCGACGCUCAGACGGAAAACUGAGACGUUACGAUGAUACAGAAUCCACGGUAUUUGAUGAUAAGCCUUCCGAGGAACCUAGCGAGAGGCCUGACAGCUUUACAACCCCUGAAAGCCAUAAGCCAGUGGCAAGAUGCAAAGACUGGGGCAGUGCAGUCGAAGAAGAGGAGCAGAUGAGGGAAAAAGUUGGUCAAGACAUAGCACGAUACAAGAGGAAACUUCUAAUUCACGAAUUUGGUGGAAGAGAAAGAAGAUCAUCAUCUGGAAGUUCUGAUUCAAAGGAUUCAUCUACACAUGGAGAGAUGGAAACUGACCCAGCUGUUCUUACACGCAGACAGAAGCAAAUAAGCUAUGGAAAAAAUACUAUUGCCUAUGACAGAUAUAUUAAGGCAGUGCCAAGACACCUCCGAGAGCCUAAUGUGCAUCCUAGAACUCCCAAUAAGUUUAAGAAAUACAGUCGCAGAUCAUGGGACCAGCAAAUCAGGCUGUGGAGAAUUGCUCUACAUCAGUGGGACCCUCCUGCAGAAGAAGACAGUGACUUGCAGCCUUUUACGGAAGAAGACAUGAUCUGUGUGGAAACAAGCUCACAAGACAGCCUAUUCACAGGCACUCCAACGAAGGUCCGGAAAGUUGAAGCAGAGGCUGAAUUAGAUCUGGAACCCUGCGGUACUGAGGAAGACUUUGUUAGUUAACAUACAGUGCUUUUCCAGAAGAAAGGGCUCAGGAUUGCUAUUUGGCAUGAACCCUGUUUACACACACAGCAGAGACUGGUAAAUUUCACUCCCAGGUCCACUCUUGCGCAUCUAUACAGUAAGAUUUCACAAUAUAUCUGAGCUGCCUUAACCAAUGCACAUAUUUUGGUGCUGGUAGUAGGCUGCUAGGUGGCGUUCUUCGCAAGCACUUGAUAUGGGAGCAGCUGAGCUGUAUCCGCAGUCCCGCCACCUACAGUAAUGACUGCUUCACUUGGCCACUGUCAGACCAAACAGAUGGUGGCUUGCAUAACAGGUUUAAUAAAUGUAAAUGCCUAUAAUUGGGUUAACAUGUUUUCUGCACUGUUUUGUUUUGCUUUUUUUGUGUGACUUGUCAGCAAUUUUGAACACUUGCUUUAGGCACUGAAUAAGCCUUGUUUUUUUUAUUUUUAAAAAGUAGGAUUUGAUUUAUUCCCUGCCACCUCAGUAGUAUCAGGCGAUGCACGAACUUCUGUGCUUUACAUGCUCAACAUUCAAAUUACUGUCAUGAAAGUUGGUUUCCCACUGUGCUAAGUUUACUAAUUAUCGCAGCUCCAUAUGCUUCAUCCAGAUGGCAACAAAAUAUUCCAUACUUGUCACAGUUCAAGUGUGUAGUUCAACUGCAUUUGUAAAAUCUAUGCUACUGCAGUAUUUCUAUUGGUCUGAGAUGCCAUCUCAUACUUAACUGCAGUUUUCUAUUGAUUUGCAAUAAUGCUGUGUCUAAAUAAUGGAAGCCACUAGGCACUUUUGAGCAUUUUUAAAUAAUCGUGCCAGCCCUAGCUCCCUUUUCUCCUUUUUCAGCAUACUUGAAAAGUAGGUUGCAGUGCCCAAGGAGCACAGAUGCUCAUGAAUCAUUCCUUAUGGGACCAGACUGCCUAAAGUGCUGUAUUUAAAAGCCCUCAAAACUGGUUGUACAGUAUUCUAGACAUCCCCUGUGCAAAUUACUGUUCUCACAUGCGCAGCAUGUAUGAGUAUACCCAUACCAUUUUGAGAUUUAUUUUACUGUGCAGAAUGCCUAAGGGAGCUAAGAGCUGUAAGGAGAUGGGGAGCUCACUUUUUUUUCCCCACAGGCUGAUGCGUUUCUCUCCUAACAGGAGCAUCAGCCUGGGGAAAAAAUGUAGCAACAUAUUUUACUGGGGGGUACCAAACAUUUUGGCAUCACCCAGUGAAAGACAUGUCCUUUAAAGUGCUUGGUUUUGUUUACUGUUCAGGUUGUAAUGUGGCCUAAAUUUGUGUUAGGUGCAGUGCGUGUUUACAAUGUUUUUGGUAGGGCACAAAUUUCUGGAGCACCUCAUAAAUGACAUCCAUUAUAAACAGGCUGUACAGGUGGUUCAUUAUCUCCAUUCAGCAGUAGGGUUGUCUUAUUUUAAUACUGACAUGUUAUGGACAGCUGUUGUGAUUUCAUUGGACUAAAUGCUGGAGCAAAUAAGCUUUUUGGGUAAAUGGAAUUUGAGAGGAUGAUGUUUGUGUGGUAUCUGUACGGUGGUGAAGACUUUGCUUUUGGGAUGAUCUGUUCCUCAUUUCGAAGGCUUUCAUAGUGCAGUGCUCCAGCAUUUAGCUGAAGGUUCCGUGUUUGGAUGCUUAGGGUGGCCAUACACUGGAAGAUUCUAGCUGCUGGUAUUGGUCCUUUAGUCCGAUUCAGCAGCUUAUCUGCCAGUGUAUGGGCACAAACAGGCCUGCCAGACAAUCUUGUCUGAAACUGGGCAGGUUUUGAUUUUUCAGUCUGAUCGGGGACCGCAUUGGCUCAUUGAUGCGGUCCCGGAACAGACUGUACCUAUACCCGUGUUCUAAUUUAGUCAUUUGGCCCCAAUGCCAAAUAACCAGAUUAGCCUGAUAUUGCCCACCUGUAGGUGGGGAUAUCUGGAGAUAUGUUACAACCUUUAGAAGCAAUGCAGCAGACUGUCCUUAUCCAUAGGACUGGAUACCCUUUUACAUGUUUUAUUGCUUUAUAUGCUCAUAAACCACUUUAUGGGCAAUAUAAAGUGGAAAUAAAUAGAAGGAACAGUUUACAUGCUCAUUACAACCACUGUUUUUUGCCACAAAUGUAACCAUAUUCAACUAGCUGCAAAAAUGUGUGUGUUUUUGAGGCAGUGUUGCAGGAUUGAGCUGCUUUUGUCUUCUCCCUCCAUUAAUGUUUACUACAUCUUCUGAGUGGUUUGCAUGUAGUAAUUUUAAAACGAGUGCUUACACCUUCUCCUGCUGCGGAGCUUUCCUUUAUACAGGUUGGGAGAGCAAUGCUUGGGAUCCGCCCAGUGCGUCUAAACACAGGAGUGUGGCCUACUGAGCACAGAUUUCUGUCAGUGGUAUUUUUAUUUGUCUGUCUGUACUAUUGAUAUUGGGAAAUUACCAUUCACAUGUCUGCCUAUGGCCAGUGAGAUCUGUGCCGUUUGUUGCAGGCUGCCAUGCUCUUAUCUGCUCCAUGAUGAGUUUUGGUCCAGUCAUGUGGCUGUUUUAACUAUUCGCCCAAUAGUCUGUCCCAUUGGCAGGUUCCCUAUCGUAUAGUUAAAGGGGUGGUUCACCUUUAUGCUAACUUAGUAUGUUAUAGAUUGACUUAUUCUAAGCAACUUUUCAAUUGGUCUCCAUUAGUUUCAAUUUAUUUGCUUUCUUACAACUUUGCAGUUUUUAAAUGGGGGUCACUGACCCCGACAGCCAAAAAACUAUUGGUCUGUGAGGCUACAAUUUUAUUGGUUGUUACUUCUUGUAACCUACUAUUUAGAUCCUCUUAUUCAUUCAACGGUCUUACCCCAAAUCACUCCCUGGUUAAGGUUAUUUGGACCCUAGCAACCAAAUAACUUCCAAAACACCAGACUGCAGAGCUCCUGAAUGGAAAAUGAAAUAAAUAAAAGAAAAAAACUACAAAUAAAAAAAAAAAAAAAAA